AUGUCUCUUCGACCUCUCCCUUUCUUUGUCUCUUCGACCUCUCCCUUUCUUUGUCUCUUCGACCUCUCCCUUUCUUUGUCUCUUCGACCUCUCCCUUUCUUUGUCUCUUCGACCUCUCCCUUUCUUUGUCUCUUCGACCUCUCCCUUUCUUUGUCUCUUGACCUCUCCUUUCUUUGUCUCUUGACCUCUCCCUUUCUUUGUCUCUUCGACCUCUCCUUUCUUUGUCUCUUCGACCUCUCCCCUUUCUUUGUCUCUUCGACCUCUCCCUUUCUUUGUCUCUUCGACCUCUCCCUUUCUUUGUCUCUUCGACCUCUCCCUUUCUUUGUCUCUUCGACCUCUCCCUUUCUUUGUCUCUUCGACCUCUCCCUUUCUUUGUCUCUUCGACCUCUCCCUUUCUUUGUCUCUUCGACCUCUCCCUUUCUUUGUCUCUUCGACCUCUCCCUUUCUUUGUCUCUUCGACCUCUCCCUUUCUUUGUUUCAUUCUCUCUCUCUCUCUCUCUUUCUAGGUUUCAUUCUCUCUCUCUCUCUCUUUCUAGGUUUCAUUCUCUCUCUCUCUCUCUUUCUAGGUUUCAUUCUCUCUCUCUCUCUCUUUCUAGGUUUCAUUCUCUCUCUCUCUCUCUCUUUCUAGUUUCAUUCUCUCUCUCUCUCUCUCUUUCUAGGUUUCAUUCUCUCUCUCUCUCUCUCUUUCUAGGUUUCAUUCUCUCUCUCUCUCUCUCUCUCUCUCUCUCUCUCUCCUUUCUCUCAUCUCUCUCUCUCUCUCUUUCUAGGUUUCAUUCUCUCUCACUUCUCUCUCUCUCUCACUUCUCUCUCUCUCUCUGUCUUCUCUCUCUCACUCUCUCUUCUCUCUCUCUCUCUCUCUCACCAUCUCUCUCUCUCUCAUUUUUCUUUUUAUAUCAGUUUAGAUCUCAGCACCCCUCUCUCUGUUAUUUUUUUCUUUUUUCUAUCAAUUUAGCUCUCACCUUCUCUCUCUCAAUUCUUUUUUUCUAUCAAUUUAGUUUUCAUCUAUUAUUUCUUCUUUCGUUCAAUUUAGCUCUCAACUUCUCUCUCAUUUCUUCUCUUUCUAUUAAUUUAUUUCUCACCUUCUCUCUCUUUUUAUCUCUAUCAAUUUAUCUCUCAGCUUCUCUAUUUCUUCUCUUUCUUCUCACCUUCUCUCUCUCUUUUCUUCUCUUUCUAUCAAUUUACCUUUCACCUUCUCUCUUAUUUCUUAUUUCUAUCAAUUUAGAGCGGUCGCCUUUUCUCUCUUCUUAUUUCUUCUCUUUCUAUCAAUUUAGCUCUCCUCUCGUCUUCCUUCUCUCUUAUUUAUCCUCUUUCUAUCAAUUUAGCUCGCACCUCUUCUCCCUCUUAUUUCUCCUUCUGUCACUAUACAGCCUCUCUCUAUACUAUUUCUAUACCUCUUUUCUUAAUUCUUUCUUCACCAUUUUUCUUUGCCAUCUUUCUUUCUAUUCUUCUUCUGGUUCGCCAUUGUUUCCACGCCUAUUCUUUCUCUGUCACCCCUUCUUCCCAUUGUGA